CGCCUUUCCGUAGCGGAUCAAAACCGCGAAAGAUAGAUUUCCUAAUCCUCGCCAAAAUUUAGAAAUCCUAAUUGCCCAAAUCGCAUUAUCACAUGUCCUGCCAUAAAUCUCGGAACUUGAAGCCCUAAAUCAUUCCGACACUUACCAUUUCCUGUCCAAAUCGACGAUCUCAGGAAUGAGACGUGCUUUGAUCUUUGCUCUGCUCUUGGCGUUGAUAUUAUCUUCAACAAUUAGCUGUCUCUCCAGCUCGGCUAUCACCGGCCCAUCCCUCAAGGGUUUCAACCUGUUCAACUCUCUCUUGCCUCCCACGCCUAAACGUGAGAUAGUAGUAGUGGCUGAUUUGGAUGGAAAAGUGUAUUUAGUGGACACUGGUUCAAGGAAAAUUCUGUGGUCAUUCGAGUCCGGCAGGCCGAUUUACUCUUCGUACCAGGAAUUCCGUAGCCGUGACAAUGAUAAAAGUAAUGCCUCUGAAUCAGAUAAUGACGCCUAUAUUGAUUGCGGUGAGGAUUUGGCGCUUUAUGCUCAUAGCAAGAGAUUAGGGAAAGUGAAACUUGAACAGAGUCCUGAAGAAUAUAUCAGAAAUGCUCCUUAUGUAUCAGAGGAUGGAGGAAUUACAUUAGGAUCAAAGAAAACGACUGUGUUUCUUGUCGAUGCCAAGUCGGGUAAAGUAGUUCAUACUUAUAAGUUGGAUGACUCUCCUUCUAAAUCAGGUGUUCAAGGUGCUGAAGAAAGCCCUGUUUUAUUGGUUGAAGAUGCUGAGGGAUUGGUAGAUUCUGAUGCUUUGAACUUGGAAACAGUUGAGCAGCCACUUUACAUUAAGAGGAUAGAUUAUGUACUGCAGCAUUAUUCCCCAGACAAUGGCAAAGUUUUGUGGAAUGUGGCAUUUGCUAAAUUUGAUGCUGCUUUUCGGUAUAGAAAAAUUGAAAGUUCUUUUGGUGGGAUUUAUCAUAAAUCAAGCCAUGUGCUUGACCAAGAGUACGUGGAUGAUGUCCACUCGCAAUUGUUUUAUCAGUCAGGGCCUACUGUCGUCCAAAUUCGUGAUCAUAGGUUGGUAGAAUCUCUUUCUUUAUUUGAUAGACUACUACAUGGUCAUUCUGGAGGGAGGCCACUCUCUCUGCCUGCUCCUAGUCACAAGUUUUCUUCAGGGGCUGAUGACCAAUUACUGCUGGCUCCUCCCAACACUGAAGGCAGACAAAUGCUUAGUUUGCCCGCCCCCGAGAAUGAGACCUCUGGUAUCUUGGUUGUGGAUGCCAAUGAAAUGAAAGUUUCAAGCACAUUUGCUGAAAUCCUGGCAAAGUUUCAUAUAAGGUCUCUUAUCUCUUUUCUUCUGGCUCUUUUGUCCAUUAUGGGCUUUGUUUUCUACCGCCAUAGAGCAUUAGCAGAGCAGCUUAAGCUGAAUAAGCAUGAAGAUGAACUCAAAGUACAAGCUGGGGCUCCCAAAAGGAAGAGAACUCGGAGAUUAGGAAACAAUAAGAAAAGUGCCAAUAAUCAGGAAAUGCCAAAAGAUAAUGCACAUGAGAAUAAUGAUGGAAAGACUAAAGGGGCUCCAAACAUUGAGGGAAGUGAACAGAAACCACUGGUAACAUUUACUGAUCUUGUAGAUACUGAUGUAGAUGGACGUAGGAUUGGUAAGUUAGUCGUUUCUUACAAAGAAAUUGCUAAGGGAAGCAAUGGUACUAUUGUACUUGAGGGAAUUUAUGAUGGUCGUCCAGCAGCUGUUAAACGUCUUGUGCGAGCCCAUCAUGAUGUGGCUUUGAAAGAGAUUCAGAAUCUUAUUGCUUCCGACCAUCAUCCGAAUAUUGUUCGUUGGUAUGGGGUGGAGUAUGACCAAGAUUUUGUUUAUCUUGCUUUGGAACGUUGUGCUUGUAACUUAAAUGACUUGAUCUUCAUAUGCUCUGAAAUUUUUCAAAGUCAAAUAAUUACAAAGGAUCAGGAUUCUAACUUCUUGAAUGAGUAUACUGUUCGAUUACAGUCAAUUAAGGAAAUUAACAAGGAUGUUGAAUUGUGGAAGAAGAAUGGACACCCUACUCCCCAUUUGCUAAAAUUGAUGAGAGAUGUGGUUUAUGGGCUUGCCCAUUUGCAUGAGCUUGGAAUUAUACAUAGGGACCUAAAGCCUCAAAAUGUUUUAAUAACAAAAGAGAGAUCGGUGUGUGCAAAGCUUUCAGAUAUGGGUAUUAGCAAACGCCUUAGUGGGGACAUGUCUUCUCUAACCCAGCAUGCUACCGGUUGUGGGAGUUCAGGUUGGCGAGCACCUGAACAACUUCUCCAUGGCCGCCAAACACGUGCUGUGGAUAUUUUCAGUUUAGGCUGUGUUCUGUUUUUCUGUGCCACUGGGGGUAAACACCCUUUUGGUGAGAGUAUUGAACGUGAUGUUAACAUUGUGAACAACCGCAAAGACCUAUUCUUGGUAGAGAAUAUACCAGAAGCUUUAGAUCUUUUCUCUCAUCUCUUGGAUCCCAACCCGGAUAUGAGGCCAAAGGCUAUGGACGUGUGGCAUCACCCCCUGUUCUGGGAUUCUGCGACAAGACUGUCAUUUCUUCGAGAUGUUAGUGAUCGGGUUGAAUUGGAAGACAGGGAAAGUGAAUCUGAGCUCCUAAAUGCAUUAGAAAGCACUGCGGCAGUGGCACUGAAUGGGAAAUGGGAUGAAAAGUUGGAAACUGCAUUUAUCAAUAACAUUGGCCGCUACAGGCGAUAUAAGUUUGACUGCAUCCGCGACUUACUGCGGGUCAUACGAAACAAAUUAAACCAUUACAGGGAGCUGCCUCAAGACAUUCAGGAAAUAUUGGGGCCAAUUCCUGAGGGAUUUGAUGAAUAUUUUUCAAGUCGAUUUCCAAGACUCUUAAUUGAGGUUUAUAAUAUAAUAUAUAUGUACUGUAAAGAGGAGGAAGUUUUUCGUAAAUAUAUAAACAGCAAUUUAAUUUAACUAACCCCCUGCUCCACUGUUGUUCCUUCCCAACUGUUGUAUACUUGAAAUGUAAACUUUCUACAAUUGUGCGAAUAAAAAUUUAUAUCAUAAAAAGUUAUAUAUA